AUGGUCUUAUCUUCUUCUCCACAGUCUCCAGCAAUCCUCACUGCCUCUCAAUUCUCAACUCACUCACCAUUGCCGAAGCUUACCGCUUCUUACUUCUUCUCUACUAAUAAACCCACCAGCCAUUUCUUUAACCUUUCUUCAAGCUACUCCAGCAAUAUUGAUAGAUGGAGAGCUAAGGUUCCUUUCUUUCCUGCUUUCUUGAAUAAGGGAAAGGAUGCUAAGGUCCUCAAGGAGGAGCUUCUUGACGCCAUUGAUCCCCUUGAUCGUGGAGCAGAGGCCACUCCUGAUGACCAACAAAGAGUUGACGAGAUUGCUCGCAAACUUGAAGCAGUUAAUCCGAGAAAGGAGCCACUGAAAUCUGAUUUACUGAACGGGAAAUGGGAGCUUAUAUACACUACUUCACAAUCUAUUUUGCAAACACAAAGGCCUAAAUUCUUAAGAUCGAGGACAAACUACCAAGCAAUCAAUGCGGAUACACUUAGGGCCCAGAACAUGGAAUCUUGGCCCUUCUUCAACCAGGUAACUGCAGAUUUAACUCCUUUGAAUGCAAAAAAAGUUGCUGUACAGUUCGAUGUUUUCAAAAUUGCUGGUCUGAUACCAGUUAAGGCACCUGGAAGAGCUCGUGGUGAGUUGGAAAUCACUUAUUUGGAUGAAGAAUUACGAGUAUCCAGAGGAGACAAAGGAAACCUGUUUGUCUUGAAAAUGGUUGAUCCAUCCUACCGUGUUCCUGUCUGA